UGUGGCAGCCUCACCAGGUUGCAAUGGAAACUGAUUGGUUGCAACGUCAAUAAUAACUUUGUUACGUUUAGAAGAGUUUCAGUUUUACUUGACACAGGCUGUCUGAAUUGAUUAGAGGUAUCACCUCUAAUGUGAGCAACAAAUUUACCAUUUCCAGGUGGAAAAUGUCCCGGGGACGUAUAAUUUCUGUGGAAGAGAUUCAGUCUUGGUGGGAACUCCCGGCCAUAGCCCACUUCUGCUCACUUUUCAGGACUGCAUUCAAUCUUCCAGACUUUGAAAUUGAGGAGCUGGAGGAGGCACUGCUGAAACAGGACCGUGACUUCCUGGCCAAGCUGGUCUCUUCCCUGCUGCAGGGAUGCUACCAGCGCACUGACAUCACGCCGCAGGCCUUCAGCACUUACCUUGAUGACAUCAUCAGCUACCGUUGGGAGCUUGAGGAGGGCAAGCCAAACCCAUUGAGACAAGGCCCCUUUGAGGCCUUACCCCCCCGCACGCAGGUGGACCUCCUACACCAGCUCUGUGACUACCGCCUAGAUGCCCCCGAUGUCUUUGACCUGCUCAAGGGCCUGGAUGCUGACAGUUUGCGUCUGGAGCCAUUGGGGCAAGAUGGAAACGGCGCCCUCUACUGGUACUUCUAUGGCACACGCAUGUACAAGGAGGAGCCAGUAAUUGUGAAACCAAGUGAAGUCCCUGAGGUGAGAUUGACAGAAAAGAGAAAAAGGGGAAGGCCACCGAAGAAGAGGAGGAGGAGGCUGGCAGAGAUGGAGCGCAGUGUGCUGAACUCAGCACAAGUGAAUGGGGUUCAGGGUGUCCAGCCAGAACGGGUGCGAGGUACCUGGUCCUUGGUGUGUGACACGGAGGAGCAGUGGGUCAUGUUGGCCGAACGCCUCAAAGACGAGCUCUCGCCUCAGGAUCGGCAGCUGUACCGGAUCAUCAGCCAGAACUUCCUCCCCAAGAUCGGCAGCAUGAUCGAGCACAGAGAGAAGGAACAGAAGGAGAAGCUCCUGGACCCUGACCCCUUCCACAGCGCACGUCACAUCUCCGUCGAGCACAUCGCUAAUGUGGAGGCAGCUGAAGCUGUGGUGCAGGAGGAGUAUCUGAUGAAGGUGGAGGAGAAGGAGGAGGAGGAGGAACUAGCAGAGCAACACCGGGAAGAGCAGAAGUACAAGGACCAGGAACGGCUCCAUGCUGUGGAGGCGCGAGCACAUCGACGGCGGCAGCGUGAGGAGAAGGCAUGGCUGCUCUCCCAGGGGAAGAAGCUGCCGCCUGAUUCCCCGCACCUGGAGCCUCGCUGCGCUGCCCGCUGGGUCCACAGGACCAAGGCUUUCUUUGAAAUCGAUGACGAUUACACUGCUUUGUACAAAGUGCUGGAGACCAUCAAGGCACACAAAGAUUCAUGGCCAUUCCUGGAGCCGGUGGACGAGUCCUUCGCUCCCCACUAUCAUGAGAUCAUCCAGACUCCAAUGGACCUGUCCACCAUUGAGAAGAAGCUGAACAAGGGGGAGUACGUGGCCAGGGAGGAGUUCGUGUCUGACGUCAGGCUGAUAUUCGAGAACUGCCAGGAAUACAACGGCGAGGACAGCGAGUUCACAGCCAUGGCGCAGUCGCUGCGGCACUGUUUCUGCAAGGCCCUGCUCAAGCAUUUCCCCGGGGACGACUGCGACACGGACGACGACUUCCACACCACCAUCAAGGACCGCGAGUACAAGGACUCCCGGCGGGGGCGGGGCGCCAGGUCCCGCGGGGCCCUGGACCGCCUCGCGGGGACCUCUGGGCCGGCUCGGCGCCGACUCGGGCCUCUGGGUGGGAAGGGCAGCAGGGCACCCCCAGUGGAGGAGGACAGACACAGACCCUCUUCGCAGCGGACCGACACACCCCCAUGUCCACAUGACUCACCUGCCACGCCCCUUCCGGGACCUGACCCCACUCCCAGGGUCUACCAGACAACUGACCAGCAGCAGUCUGGCCCCCAGGAGAUGCCCCAGCCGAUGGCUACAGACCCUCUACUAGAGCUCCCUCAACAGAGGACCCCAGAAUCCUGCUCUUGGGGCCCUAAUUCUCAGCCCCCAGGCUCCAGCAUGCAGCGCCCCCUAGGGGAGGACCAUCACCUUGACCCUCAUUUCCUUAUGGGCCCCGAGGCCCGGCACUUUAAACCCAGGCAGCAGCCCCACACAGGGCCCCUCCAUGGGCCGUCCCUGGGCCCAAGGCCUCAGCCUUUGCAGUGCGGGGGUCUAUGUGCCCCCCCACCAGAGGGCAGCACAUACCCCUCCCGCCUCCUGCCCAAGGGGCACAUGGGGCAUCCCUGGGGGGAAAGACCCCAGGCCCCAGGAUCGGGGCCACCGUACCGGUCCUAUGGUUGCUUCUACCCUCCUGGGAAGGGUUUGGUCGCCUCGUGGACCUCGACGAACGGCCAAAGUCCAGCCGGACCUGCCGUGCAGGACCGUGCUGUCAGGAAUCCCUCGACCCAAUGCCCCUUUGACUCUGAUGUGGCCAGACAUCCUAUGCCCCCUAGAACCUGGUCAGAACUGCCCCCAGGGUAUGGGGCGCCCCCUGCUGUCAGCUCCCUGCACCCCACCCGCAAUCAGCCCCCCAUACAUCCUCCACCUCUGGGCAGCCCAGAAGCCCUUGUCCUCCAGCAGCUGUGCUCAUCCUCCAGACGUCCAGAUGGCAUCUCCUGCCCACCGCCCCUCCGGGAUGGCAGCGGUCUCCAGCAGCCUCCGGCUCCUACCCCCCUCCCGCAGCUGAAUUCUCCUGAAAGCUCGCUGCUGCGGUCCAGCGGGGAGGCGGGCAGACAUGGGCAUUCUGCCCACCGGCUGGCUGCACCCCCCCAAAACGAGCCAAGCCAGCCAAACGGAGGCGUGCAGACCCCCCCAGGCCCAAAUCCAGGGAGGCGGACUGAUGGUGGAGGGAGGGGCUUGAAGACACACGGCUGGGAGCGGGGGUGCACCCUGCAGCCCGUCUGUCGCGUACUGCAGGGGGCGCCUCUGCACGUCUCUCCGCAGGCUGCCAUCUCGUCGCUGCCAGCCGGCUGUCCUGCCCCCCAGCCCCCUGUGUGGCCCAACCCGGCCAGACAUACAAGCCAGAGGCCUGAAGAUUCCGCAAACCGCUGCCUCCUCCCCAUCGCCGGUGCUGUGAAACCCACGCAGCUAAACACACCGACCGGCACUCAGCACAAGCAGGCGCUCUUCAACCCCGAGAUGCAGACGAUACUGGGUAGCCAUGGCAACCACUUCCAGAAUGGGCUAGUACCUUCUGCUAAUCGAGUUAUGCCUCACCACUCCCAGGGGCGGGACAGGGAGACCGUGUAUCCGUUUAACCUGGGCAGACCGACAGACGGACACUACAAUCGGCCAAUGGGAAGACUAUCUCCUUCCUCCAAUCAGCAGCCCUUUCCCUAUCAAGCACCGCCUCAAACCAUGAACCCCCAACAGAGACCUGCUCACUAUGCCCAUUACCACCAGCAAAGGGAGCCCUACCCCUACCAAAUGGGCCAAAGCGCCCCCGCCAUAUUCCCUGGGUACCAGCUGCCGGGAUACAGCCUGCAGCCUCUGGGAAACCGCGGCACUGGCAGCCUUACCACGGGCGAGUGGCCUGGAUCGUCGCCGCAGACCUGCCUCCUGGCGUCUUCUGGCACGUACGUACCUGUCUCCGGUGCGUCCCCGCGGGACGUGGAGGGCUCCGAUACGAGUCUGCUGUCGCCCAGCUCCCUGCCGGAACUCCCGCGAUGCAGCCCGGUCAGGCCGGCCCUGGUGGAGGAGGCGCUGGAUCGGUCCGGGAGUCCUAAGGACAUAUUGGACCUGGAUAGUCACACUUCAGCAAUAUGUCGUCUCGCCUCCCAGCCCCCCCAUGCUGCUGGCUACAAAUACACCCAGUGUACCGCUCCCCCCCACUUGAUGUCACCCCCCCGUUUCUGUGCUCCUCAGGGCCCCCCCUCCAGUCUGCCAGAUGCCCUUCGCUGGCCCCAGUGUCUGCCUUUUGCCCCCGAACAACCUGCCAUGCCCUUUUUCAGAGCCCCUCAAUCCAGGGACCGUUUCAAGGGUAUAAUGGUCCAACAGAGGGUUCCAGUGCCCGAGCACUAUGUCCAUCUUGGGUGAGCGCAGGGUCAGUCUGUGUAUUUCUAAAUGCAGAGGACCAGUCGUGAUCAGGUCCAGUCAAAAAGGCGUUAAGACGCUCAUCGUGUGAACAUCUCGGGGGGAUGGAAGUUAGACCUUCUGAGGAUUUCAGUCGCAAAUUGGUAGCUGAGCAAGAAGUAUCCCAUGUGAAGAAGAGAAAAGAUGUUUCUGCUUUGUACAUCUCUGAAUAAAUGAUCAUAUUCCUAAUAAAAUGUCUUUGACCAGAAAAUAUGUAAUGUUUUACGUAUGUUUUUAUUCCUUAAGAAAUUCAGUAAAAAUCACCAAAAAACACACAAACAAAUUAGAGUGUCUUAAUGGGUGUUUCUUAACUGUUAACUGCAGUUAGAUAGGUGUUCUCCACAGCGGAGGUGGUCCCUCGGUUGUGUACCCCACCAUCUGCCAUUGGAAGACGAAGGUCGUCUCCCUGUUGGGCACUUCUUGGGAGAAGCUCCACAUCAGACCUACCUUUUGCAGCUGCCGCAUGCCUACAGUUCAGAGUUGGCCUGCAGAUCUGGAGGACCUGGAGCUGCACAGAUGUCCGCAGAUUUCCACUUCAUAUGAGAGUACGGCAAAAUGGCGUGGUGCCGCUCUGUUGCUUGACCUCCUGUAUCGAUUUGUUCAACCCGUCCCUUGUUCUUAGUGACUCUUGCAUAUCUCUGCAUUUUGUUUUGCGUGACGCCGACCACAGUGUCAGUCCUGGCUCCAUCUUCUGUGCCUUUUCUUUCACCUUGACCCAAGAACUUUUAU